AUGUGUCAGUUUUUCUGCGAGAGGCAGGCUCUCGCUGCUUUGCUGAUCUCCGGCGCAAUCCUUGGAUCAGUCGGUAACUGCUUCGUCGUUACCGCUGUGGCUCUGUCCAGAAAACUCCGGACGACCACCAAUGUCUUCGUGGUCAACCUGGCGGCAGCGGACAUCUUGACCUCGCUAUUUGUGCCUUGGCAGGCGGUGGCGAUGCUGGGAGGGGACGAUGAGUGGCCCAUACCUGGCGCAAAGUGGCUCUGCGUCGCAGCGGGAUUCGUCAUCGUGGUCACCUUUGGCUGCAGCAUCAACAACCUGGCCCUCAUCGCCAUCAACCGCUGGGUGGGUAUCACCAAGUCUCGCUACACCACCCGUCGCAUCUACACCUCCUGUAAGCUCGCCCUAAUGGUGAUUUUCGCCUGGGCCAUGCCGAUCUGCUGCGCCUUGAUACCAGUCCUGACAGACUUUGGUGAACUUGGUUACGAAAAGCUGUACGCUAGCUGCACCUGGGUAAUUGCCAAAUCAGUCUACUACAGCAUAUUCCUCAGCGCUAUGUAUUAUCCACUGCAGCUGAUUUUAAUAACACUGUGUUACUCGUCAAUCUUCUGCUACGUCCGAAAGACGUCGCAGAAGAUGGCCCGAGCAGAUGCCCCGUCUAUCUCGGAUAAAGUCAGUGGCGGAGUAUCAAGCCGUGCCAUAAGGAAGAAGCUGUGGAAGAGGCAACUUGACGUCACCAAGAACCUGCUCUACAUUGUCUUGGCUUUCGUCCUCUGCCUCACACCCUACUUCACCACCAUCAUUUUCACCACCGACUGGAGCCAACGUCUGGUGCCGUGGGUCGGCGGCAUUUUGUUCUUCAACAGUUGCGUCAACCCUUUCAUCUACGCAACCUCGCACCCAGAUUUCAAAGAGGCCUUCGGGUACAUGAUAAGGUGCCGGAAGAUUCCUACUGGCAGUAUAAGUCAACGAAAGAGGUCCACGGCGACAACAAGCUCUCAAGAACAUCACACAGGUACGGAACAAAUUGGGCAGUAACUGUACCCAGCGAGGCAGCUUGAUGACGCACACCCCUUAAUUAACCACUGUUGUGCUGGUUCUAUUACACUUUACACCUAUGCACCACUAGCUAGACUUUCAAACCUGAAACACAUACUGCACAAUCCACCCAAAAGGGAGGAAAGAUAAGUUUUUGUGGUGAUUGUGUCAACUUUAAGUUAGUGUGGUUCAAAGAUUUAAGAAUAUUAGAAAAAAAAUUAAAAAUUAACACAGAAAAGAUCAUAGUGCAUUGCUAUCUUAGAGGGUUAUAUUCAACAGAGUUCAUUAAUGUAAUACCCACACUGAGUUAUCAUCAAUUAACGAAGUCUCAACAGACAAUAUCAGACAGAAAAUUGCGCGAUUCGAAGGCCCAGUUAAUAUAUCCCAGAUAGCGUGAGAUUUAAAUAGAGUUAAAAUCCGCAAGGCCUGUUGGGCCGGCACAAAACAGCAUAGCAAAGGUCCCGCAUGAUUGUAAAAAAACUCUCUACGUAUAAGUUUACGUGGAAAACCUUUAGCUUUAGACUUAAAAUAUAAAGAAUUUAAUAAAUAACACAUAAAAUGCCAUCGAAGAUAAGAGUAAUCACUCCUGAACGAAGACACACAGACUCUAAUUAAGCUCUCGUCGUCGGCAGUCGUGCAGAUCCCCGUCAUUUGUUUCUGCCGAAAGUAUAUCGACCGUAAAAUUAACUCUAGCACGAUAGAAAUUAUCUCGGAAGAGGUAACUGCGGACAAAAUUGGUUGCUUUCUUGAUUGGUGUGUGAGCCAGGAGCUUUGGAUAUAGUCGAUUACAUAUAGCCGUUAUAAAACCCAGAUAUGUUCAUUCCUUAAGUGUGUCUAGUUCCAUGUCGAGAUAAA